GCCGUGCUAAAGAAGAUGAAGCAAAGGAAGACGCCUGAUCCUGAGACGGGAUCCGUGUGGGUUAACCCGCAAUCCGAGACCCAGUGCACGUCGUAUGUCUCCAAGUUCAAGCAGAAGUACGGCGAGGACGCCAACCCAGAGGCCGAGGACUUUGACCCUGAGGUCGCGGUGCUUGCGGGAGAAGGCUUGAAGCAUGGCCGCCUAUGGUUUGGUGACGGGUGCGUCGACCCAGCGAGGGUUCCCUCUCUCCGCCAGAUCCGUCGUGGUCGUAAGAGCGGCCAGCCUGAGGUAGAGCCCCGGCCACGGGCUUCGGAUCUAGCUGUCGAGCGGUUACGGGAGGAGAUGGCAGCGAAGGAGCAGGCGGCCCAGGAGCAAAGGGCGCAGAUGGAGUAGCAGAUUCUGCAGUACCACCAGCAGCAGACACAGAUGAUGCAGCAGAUGCAACAGCAGCAGCAGAUGAUGCAGCAGCAGCAGGCACAGAUGAGCUGGCUGAUGAGCCAGACGGCUCUGUCUUCUCCACCGGGGAGUCUUCCUCCUCCACCUUACUCCCUGCCGUGGAUGCCGCCACCGCCCACUCAUACCCCGGGGACACCUAUCACCGUCAACAACAUGAACAUCAUCCG